AUGUUUGUUCCCUUGCCGGUGCCGUUCGUGUUUCAGAGAACUGCCCCUGACCUCAACGCCUGGCGUCUCAAGUCCCCUCUGGCUCUCCGCUCCAACUCCGAUAUCAGGAUGUCAAAGCCAGUAGAGGUGGAGAAAGUAGGGGCUGACUCACCAUUGGAGGGCGCGGAUUCAGAGCGGAAUGGACCUGAAUCAAAUCACCAGGCUCAUUCAAUGAAAGUCAAUCCCUUUCCUCUUUCACCAACCCUGAGCAGCAGCAAGAAUAAAAUGGAGGAAUGUGGUGAGAUGUCCCCGGCUCAUCCUCUCUCCCACGGCCCGACCCCUUCACAGACUGCCCUGCAACAUACACAGCUCAUGCUGACCGGCUCCCAACUAGCAGGGGACAUCCAGCAGUUGCUGCAGCUUCAGCAGUUGGUGUUAGUGCCCGGCCACCCGCUCCCGUCUCCUGCCCAGUUCCUCCUCCCACAGGCACAGCAGGGCCAGCAAGGACUCCUAUCGACACCAAAUCUUAUUUCGCUACCUCAGCAAAACCAAGGGAGCCUGCUGUCUGCUCCAACUAGAAUGGGACUCCAAGCACAGCGAGAUAAGAGUGUGGAGGUGAGCGGUGGAGGCAUGACCACGGUGCCCUCAGUGACCUCUCACCCCGAGGAACCCAGUGACUUGGAGGAGCUGGAACAGUUCGCCCGCACUUUCAAACAAAGACGCAUCAAACUAGGCUUCACACAGGGAGAUGUUGGCUUGGCCAUGGGGAAGCUGUAUGGCAAUGACUUCAGUCAGACCACAAUCUCCCGCUUUGAAGCCCUCAACCUGAGCUUUAAGAAUAUGUGCAAGCUGAAGCCACUGCUGGAGAAGUGGCUCAAUGAUGCAGAGACCAUGUCCAUAGACAGCACCCUGCCCAGCCCCAGCUCCCUGUCCUCUCCCUCUAUGGGCUUCGACGGGCUUCCUGGUCGCCGCAGAAAGAAGAGAACCAGCAUUGAGACGAAUGUACGUGUGGCCCUGGAACGUGCAUUCAUGACGAACCAGAAGCCUACCUCAGAAGAGAUCCUGCUGAUCGCAGAGCAGCUCAACAUGGAGAAAGAGGUGAUCCGAGUCUGGUUCUGCAACCGCCGGCAGAAAGAGAAACGCAUCAAUCCUAGCAGUGCCACCCCUCCCCUGCCCAGCCAGCCCCCCACUGCCCCACCAACGCACAAACAGUCCUGCUACAGCCCUCACAUGAUGUCCAGCCAGCUGUCGCAGGCCGUGACCAGUCUCAGCACAACAGUGACCACCAUGUCCCCCGUCUGCCCCCUAACUUCCAGCCUCACUUCCACCCAUCCCUCCCUCAGCUCCGCACCCUCCCCGGUGACUCCUCCUCCCCGCAGCACGGCCAGCCCCGCCACUCCCAGCCACAGCACACUCAACCUUAACACAGGCUUAUGGCGUAUGGGUAAAAAGAACGGUGACGUGUCUAACUACAUCACCGAUUUUGCUGCAAACUUGAGGAACACUGUGAUGGGAGUUAACACAGGGAUGAGCCAAGCCCUCCUCGGUAACAAUCCCCUGGCCACCAUCCAAGCCCUAGCAGCCAGUGGUGGCCAGCUGCCUCUUUCCAGUCUUGAGGGGGGCAGUAAGGUGAUGCUGGGGGCCUCUGGGGGCCAGGGAGGGCUCCACUCCUCCCUCUUCCUCAACCAUCCCGCCCUCCUCCACAUGGGCCAGAACCCCGGCGCUGGACUGAUCAGCGCCGCCGUAGCCAAAGCCUCCCAGUCCUCCCCCUUCCCCUCAGCCAGCAGCAUCAGCCCCACCCCUUGCUCCCCUUCCCCCUGCUCAAGCCCCGCCUCUUCCUGCUCCUCCAGCGAAAUGGCACACAGCCCGCCCUCUCUGGGCGGAGCCAAGAUUGAGUGACCGCGCCAAGGGCCAAUCAGAGAGGAGGAGGAAGGAGGAAACGAGAACCUCGCCUUUCACACCAAAGCUAUCUCUUUCUCUCUCUUGCGCUCUUCUUCCGUUAUUUUUUUCGCAAUGGUUCUCUCUCUCUUUCUCUCCCAGUCUUUCGAUGCCAAAAAUACACAGAAUGAAAGAGGAGAGAGGGAGGGAAAGAAGUGAAAGAGGGGAGAAGGGGGGAAAGGGGAAGAUUGAAACCAAAAAUCUUUAUCUAUCCAGACAGAUGGGGAGGAGGCAACGUGGGACCUUUUUGUCAAUAACGCGUGAUAUCGGCAUGGCGCCUCUCCACUCUUUCUCUCUGAAGGAAAACAAACCAAUGACUCUUUAACAAAGAGACGGAAGAGACGGCAGAGAUGCAUGUCGGAGUGCAUAAACCAAAAAUGACAAAAGAUAACUUUACUAUGUGACAAAGGAAUGGCGGCAAGGACAAAAAAUGGAAAGGAGGACUGUGCUUACGUUUUCCUUUCGUUUUUUUAUUAUUUCGAAAAGCUGCGGGUCUGAAGGAAGAGGAGUAGGGAGGAUAAGUUUAAACCAAAAAUUUACCUGAGGAGGAGGCGGAGGAGGAAUACACAAUGACAAAAAAAAAAAAAACGACAACCAUACCAAAAUCCCAAAUACCAAAAACCAAAAAUACGGAGAGAAAAGCUUUAUUCAAAGGACGUGUAAAUACUGAAGCUAUCCAGGACCAGGACUCUACUGCUACUGCUACUCACACACAAACACACACAUCAAGAGCCAACCCAUCUCGCCAUCGACUCAUCCUGUCUGUGUCAACUCAUGUGUCUCUUAUAGGUUUUCAUGCUAGAUAUUUUAGAUAAUUUUGUAAAAGAUUGUUACUGAAUGAGUCAAGAGCUCAUGUAUGAAUGAUUGCCAGUUCUACUGUAUCUUCUUAUGUUAGUCUCUUUACCUACCUCUGGUUUUAGGAGCAUAGAAUAGCUUUUCCGCUCUCCUUUUUAUUUCAGAUUCCUUGACAGAGGCUUGUUAUUCAGUAUCUAUUUUUUACACUUUGAGAAGAAGUACAGUUGGGAUUUGUUUUUUAAUUAUUUAUUAGUGUCAUUUUACAAUCCAGUUCCUAUUUAUUGUCGCAGCCUUUUUUUAGUGUUAGCUUUUGGGGUUUGAAUCAUCAUCAGUGUCAUCAUCAUUGUCUUCAUCAUAUGCAUUUGUGUUGUCAACAUGCUUCUUAUUUUUUUUUUUAAUGUGACUAUUCUGCUGGAACAGAGAUGAUGAAGGUGAAAAGUUGCUCAUUUCAGUCCUCACCAAGUGCCAUAGAUCCAAAAUAGAGCUGGCACACUGCAAGUUGAUUUCAAGGUGUGAAGGAAUUUUAUUAAGACCUAAACAUGUGACAUUUUGUGCUCUUAAUCAGACCACUCUUUCAUCACUCUUUAAGAUAACCCAUUAUCAGGGGACUCCAUGGCUAAAUGAACAUGCCCUGGAAACUUCACACAGUGAAAAUGACGUUUGUUAAGAGUGGCGACCAUUUUGAAAGUAUGAAAUAGGGCUGUGAUUGGAGAUUUAAAGUAAUAACCGUUGAGACUGAAGGCUAAAUAAGUCAAUAAAGUUUAGUCACAGCCAGCUCUCAUUCCUGCCUCGUCAAUCAGUGUAGACGCCCCCCGACACCUGUCUGUCUAGACAUGUUUACUGAUAUUUGUUUGUUUCCAUCAUCACUCCAUCAAUCAUAUUUCACUGUCAUUUUCCACCUCAAACUGCCAUUAAUUCUCAAAUGGAAACCAAAGCAUUCUCAAGGCUGUCUCAAGCUCUUUGUAAAGAGCCUCAGCCAAGACAUAUGAACACAAUAAAGACAGAAGGGGAGAGGUGGGGGCUAAGAACAGGACGUUACCACUGGAGGCCCCCUGGUGUAAUCCCCUCCACCUUGCCCGUCCAAAAACCCGCGGGGGAAGCUUUAUUUAGGGAACUGAUCCUUUACUCCAAACCCCCAGAAAGAAGGGUACACUGGGACAGGCGAAGGAGGGACACACUGUAGUGAGGGGAGCAGGCGUCACACUUUUUGUAAGAGGAUACCAAAAAUAAACCCAAACCAAAAAAAAAACACAACCCAAGGAAUGACAGAAGCAAACCAAAAAGAACCCUAACCAAAUGUGGCUGGAGGGAGGAGGGGAGGAGGACAAAGUGCAGGUGCUGAAAGCAGUGUAUCUCUCUGUCUGUCUGUCUGUCUGUCUGUUAGCUUUAGGGCUGCAGCAUUCGCCCCGCUCUGAAAACUGUGUAGCAUGGAUGGAGGGAUGGAUAGACAGGCAGAUAGACAGGCGAGCAAAAGAAGGACAGACAAUUCCUCCCCUCCUCUGCCUCUCACUCUCUCCAGCUCAGCUCUCUGGUCCUGGAUGGAGCUAAACGCAAAUGACCUCACUGAACUGAAAUCUUCUAAAAAUCUGUUUUUAUUUUUCUGUUGGUUGGUUCUGAUUGUUUUAUCUCUGCUGUGUCUCUUGAUGCUGUUUUAUGUACUGUACUUUAGUGCUUAUUACUCAUUUGGAAUAACGUACUCGCUUACUUACUACAAGAGCUCCUUAUUUUUUUCGUAGUCGUGCUAGAGAUUUUUAUCAGGUGAUUGGAAAAAAUACUGUGAAAAUUUAGCUUCCAGAUUUUUAUUAGAUAAAGAAACAGACUGUCUUGGCAGAAAAAAGACACACAAAAAGCCAAAAACAAAGAGUUGAAUAGCAAAACCUUAAAAAUGCCAAACCAAAUACUGAACCAAACCAAACACAGUAGAGAGGAACAGGAACUGCCUUCUCUGGAGAGGGCACAGAAAUGGUUUAAGUCAAUUUGUCUGAGGUGAAACUGUGCGUUUUUCUGUAUGUACGUGAUUAUGGAAGGCCAAACGGUUAAAAAAAAGAAAGAAGAAAACUGAAUAGGGUCUGCAGUGAUGUCUUGUCAUUAAUUUUGACCCCAGCGACAUAAUAUACGCUUCAGAUACAGAAAAACCCACACAGCAGGGGCCUCAGUCAAGUUGACAGUUUUGAGAGUUGGAACGUAAACAUAUCCAAAGAAUAUUUGGUUUGAUCCACACCAGAAAAAACAGUCGACACACGAGAAUCGUUUCGCGAACCAAACUUUAGAUGUGGGGUUUGCACCGUAAGGUGAAACCUUUUCUCCACAUUGACUCUUAGACGGAAUGUAUCUGUUAGUGCUUCUAUAGAUUUUGUAGAAAAAAGAUCUAUGUUCUACUGCUUACUUAUCGCUAAUGUAUUAAAAAGAAAAAAACGUACAAAAAAGACUUUGAGAAAAAAAAGAUCCUAAAAAACAUUGAUGAUAAUAACUUGAUUUUAGACCAAAAAUUUUAACUAUCUCUCUUUGGACUUUUUUAUUUCUCCUUAUUGCGAUGAUUUAGACUUUUGAUUGUACUAUUUAUUCAGGGUAGGGUUGAUUUAUUUGCUUGUUAUCUUCUUUGUCUUUUUGCUAUUUAUUUUUUAAUUUAUUUUCUAGAGGUGCUUUUUUCAUAUUCUGGGAUGUACUUGUGAUUGAUUUUUUUAAUUUUUUGUUGUCCCCUGCUGAAGUUCUUUCUUACUUCUUUAAACCAAAUAAUACCAGAAAUGCAACCACAGGUCCUGUAGGGACUUAAUAAGAGAAUAUGGCCGAUUGGAUGAUCAGCCAUAAAGAUAUUCUCUUCCUCACUGAGACAACUCUCCUCUUAGAGGGGAGGGGAAGCUCACAAUAUCAAGAGGCAGCACUGUAUUGAUGAACGCCUCAUAAUUUACUUUUCAAGGGGAAAAAAGGAAACUGGUGUUUUCUUUCCGGACAGACACAUGCCUUUAUUAGGCAAGUUGAAAUCCUGUUUUAAUGGAGAAAGCAUAAAUAUAAUUUCUGUGUGUAAAACUGCCUGAGUUACAGCGUGAGGUGUUCUUUGAAACGCAGUGCUGCCUCUGUUCUCUCUAUAUUUUCUCCACGGGGAGAACACACUGAAAGCUUUACAGCUACACAACCAAAAACACAAAAGAAGAAGAUCAACCGGGGCAAAGGCUAAAGUUUUUUACAUGACAGAGAGGAAAGACGGAGGCAAGAGAGAAGAGGGUGAUUUUGGAUUCCCAGCCUUAAAUUGCCCUCUAACUUCUCACUUUGUCUCACUGUCUCUCUCUCUCUCUUUCUCUCUCUCUUUCAGCUUUUUGUCUCUUUUUGUUUCCACUUUUCUAUAAGUUAACUUUUUUCUUCAUCCACUAUAGGAUGUAAAAGAGAGAUAGUUCAUCAUAUACCUCAUAUUCUUUGAUGAUAAACCAAAUAGAUGAAUGCUUUAAAAUGCGGGGUUCAAGUGGGGAUCAGGGGGUACUUGGAUGGUACGUGUGGACUGUGUGUUAGUGUGCACCGGGAGCAGACACAGUUAAGGCUAGGUCAAAGAUCAAAGGUUGUUGUCCUAAUGGAGGUAAACACAAAGGUUUUGGAUUGAUCUGGGAAGUAACAGAUCAUCGAAUAGAUUGCAGUUUUUUCUCCAUGGGAUUCAGAAGGUGCCAUUUAAGGUCAAAGGGCCGUUACUGGUUCAUGCUCUGGUCUACACACACACACACACACACACACCUUGUCCCCCUGGAAAACACUCCCCGCUGUCUGUGUUGAGCUUUGAACACAGCCCUCUCCUCAUAUCUGACCCUCACUGCUUCCUCCCUGUCAAACACGGACUGUGGGUUUAAAGCUGCUCUUUGGCACAGAUCUAGGAUCAAAUCUGGAUCAAUUUUUGGCUUAAAAAAAGCUUCGAGAGCCUGAGAGCAACUUUAUCACCAAAGUCGCCAAAAGCCCUCUCUCGCCUUUAGGUCUUUAUUGCCUGAUGAGGGGGCAUAUUGACCAGUUGAUGUCCAUGUGUAUCAGGGAGUGCCGCAGGGCAGGUAUCUGGGGAACGGCUGAGACCGGCAUUGCUAGGUGACGCGUACAAACACUCCUCUGUGUGUUGAGAUGUUGGAAGCUGGAGGGAGAUGUAUGCAUGUCAUCAAACUGACUGAAUCCUCCCCCAGAGGCCAUUUUCUUGUUUUGCUCUCUCUGUGUAUUCAGAGAAAAUGGAAGCAGUGUUUCUGACCAGGCACCUUUUUUUGUGUACCUCAGGGUUUUAGUGACCGGGUGUAAAGUGUGGAUCUCUGUGGUGGGGAUACCCCCUUAGUGAAUGAUACCAAAGUUAAUGCCCUGCCAUGGGAUCCUGCAUGAUGUACACGCUCCCUUAAAUCCUGAUGUCCACUCGAGUGUUCAGAAACUCCUCUUUUCUCUGGUUUACACGCCAGCAGAUUCAUUAGUAUUUCUCUCUCCACACAAUAACAUCUCACCAUGUCUCUGUGGGCAAGACAGACAGGAUCAGAGAUGUGCCUUUACAACAACAUCUAGAAAAGAAUCUUUAAAGGAAUAGCUCAACUUUCUGGGAAAUACGGUUAUUCAUUGUCUUGCCAAGGGUUAGAUGAUCAUGUCUGUAAGGUAAAUAUGAAGCUACAGCCGGCAGCCAGUGGACACGACAAUACUCCAGGAAGUCACUGAGGCUGGCCACAAGUAGUUCUAGCACCUCAGUCCCCAUACAACCACACAGUGUUGUUUUUACACUUGGGUUUUUGUAAACAUACAAUAUAACAUCUAAAUUACUGAGCUAUAGAGGUGCUGGUCUGUGGAUUAAUGUUUAAUACUAUCUUCAGACUAAACAUACUAUGCCGAAUCAGUAGCUUUUAGCUGUGGAGCGCCCCUCACUGGUGACUGAGAGCAUUGGUUUUAGCUCAGCCUUGAUUCACAGUACGUUACGGUCUGGUUUAAGGCUUAAAGAAAGACACAGACACACAUAAACACAUAAACAAUUAUGAUUUGAUAAGUGUUGCAAAGAAGUGUCUUCAAAGCUAUUAAAUCUUAAAAACAGAGCUUGUUUUGGCCCCCUAAACUAAAAGCAACAACUUUAACCAGCAACAGACUGAGCUUUUACUGCACUUAAUGAAGACAGAGUUAUGAAUGAUGAUGCAUUUGUUUACUGCUGCACAACCUGAAGUGCAUUUGAACUGUAAUCCAUUCACUUAUCUUAUCUUAGACAAACAGUGAAUAUAGUCAGGGUCACAACUGUUUGAACUGAACUGAAGGAAAUCAUUUGAAUCAGCAAAGUGAUUCAUAAUUUACAGCUCAUUUGGACAGAGCCAGACUACCUGUUUCCCCCCGUUAGCUUCAAAUAUCUGUACAAAGAUAUGAGUGGUAUCAAACUACUCAUCUAACUCUUGGCAAGAAAGCAGAUUUCCCAAAAUGUGGAGCUAUUUAUUUAAAAUGCAAGAAUCAAUGUUUAAGCUUCAAAAAGCUAAUAUCUCCGGACACGAAGGCAUGAGAGAUGUCAUUGUUGUUGGAGAACGAGAGACACAGCAAGCAGAACAGAAAACAAGCUGCUACGUCUUCCUCCACCCACUCUCAUCCACACAUACACGCUCUUCCUCUUUCAUCCCUUUCUUCUUUAUCUCUCUCUCUCUCUCUUCUACAAUACAGCUUUAGUCCAAAGGUUUCUCCAGCAACACAGCAAAGCGAGUCAGAUGUUAAAGAAUAAAACCAAAGAGCUCUAACUUGACCUUCUCUUCAACACAAAGCCCUCCACUGCAUCCUUCACCUCUAUCUAUCCACCUCCUUCCUGUCCUUCCUUUAGCUCCUCUGUCACCUAGUGAGCCGGUCUUUGAAGCAUUAACCUCAGCUAUCCAAAGGGGAAUAAUAAUAAUGAUAAUAAUGAUGAUAAUUAAGAUGAUGAUGAUGAAAUGUAUAUUUUUAAGUAUUUGUCAUUGGAAAAAUAAUCUUAAGCUUCUCAUAAUUAUGAUGAUCAUGAUGACGACGAUGACGACGACGAUGAUGAUGAUGAUGAUAAUGAAGUUUCUCUUGGUAUCUUUGUAGCUGUUCUGAUCCUUCUUAAGUUCUUGUCCUUUCUGCUCGUGCUGCCAGAGAGUACUGCUUAACUCCCAUCAGCCCUCUCUUACCCCCCCCCCUUUUCAUUUGAUUUACCUGAUGUUUGGUCCUAACGUCUACCUGUCUGACCUUUACCCCUGGAUAUUUGUCUAUGCCUGUGUGAGUGUGUGUGUGUG